ACAGGGAAACGAGUGGUCACAGCAGACGGUCGAAGAACAGAUGGGUCAGAAGAUGAGCUCAGAGAGUCUGACUCGCUCUGAGGUGUUUGGGCAGCUCAGGAGGGAGCUUUACGGGGAGGAGCGGUCAAGUCAUUCCAGUACACACUUAUUCAUCAUACUGGGAGCAUCUGGAGAUCUUGCUAAAAAGAAGAUCUAUCCAACCUUAUGGUGGUUAUUCAGAGACGGCCUUCUUCCAGACAACACGUUUUUUGUGGGUUUUGCUCGGUCCAGCUUGACCGUAGAGGACAUCAAGGCAGCAUGUCUGCCCCACAUGAAGGUCAGAGAUGAAGAAAGCGACUGCCUAUCAGCCUUCUUCAGUAAAAACUCCUACCUGAGAGGCAGGUAUGAUGACGGCAGCUCCUUCGACCAACUCAGCAAACAUCUGUCAUCUCUACCUGGGGGCGCCAACGCUAAUAGACUUUUCUACCUGGCUCUACCACCGACUGUCUACCAUCAUGUCAGCAAAAACAUCAGAACCCACUGCAUGAGCCUCAAAGGUUGGAACAGGGUAAUUGUCGAGAAGCCUUUUGGUCGUGACCUCCAGAGUUCACAGGAACUGUCAACCCACCUUUCGUCCCUCUUUACAGAGAACCAGAUCUACCGCAUAGAUCACUACCUGGGAAAAGAGAUGGUCCAGAACCUCAUGGUGCUUAGGUUUGGAAAUCGCAUUUUUGGACCCAUAUGGAACAGGAACAGUGUGGCCUGUGUGGUUCUCACCUUCAAGGAGCCUUUUGGCACUCAGGGCCGUGGAGGAUACUUUGAUGACUUUGGUAUUAUUCGAGAUGUCAUGCAGAACCAUCUUCUCCAGAUGCUCUGUUUGGUUGCAAUGGAGAAGCCUCCUUCUACCAGUCCAGAUGACGUAAGGGAUGAGAAGGUGAAGGUGUUGAAGUGUAUACCUCCUGUUGAAGUAUCAGAUGUUGUGCUUGGCCAGUAUGUCGGAGAUCCUGAAGGGGAAGGUCAAUCCAGACUGGGAUACCUUGAUGAUCCCACGGUGCCCAAAGACUCCUGGACACCAACUUUUGCAACAGCAGUCCUGCAUGUCCAGAAUGAGAGAUGGGAUGGAGUUCCUUUUAUUCUGCGCUGUGGUAAAGCACUAAAUGAGCGCAAAGCAGAAGUACGUCUGCAGUUCACUGACGUGCCGGGAGACAUUUUUGGUGAUUGCUGUCAGAGGAAUGAGCUGGUGGUGCGGGUGCAGCCAGAUGAAGCCAUUUACUUAAAAAUGAUGACCAAGAGGCCUGGAGUUUACUUCAAUCCAGAGGAGACUGAGCUGGAUCUCACCUACAAGAGUCGAUACAAGGAUGUGAAGCUCCCAGAUGCUUAUGAAAGACUCAUACUGGAUGUCUUCUGUGGAAAUCAAAUGCAUUUUGUUCGCAGUGAUGAGUUACGGGAGGCCUGGAGGAUCUUCACCCCCCUCCUCCACCAAGUAGAGAAAGAGAAGCCACGCCCCAUUCCCUACACAUAUGGAAGUCGUGGUCCAAGAGAAGCAGACGAUCUCCUGAAGAGAGUGGGAUUUCGCUAUGAGGGAACAUACAAGUGGGUGCAGCCCCACACCGCUUAAUUCUUUCUGUCUCACAAUCAAGUGAGAAAAGAUUGUAAACAAACAAACAAUCAAGUUUACUGCAGUCACUGCUGCACUUGAUUGAUUUUUGCAUGUACAGAAGAAAGCAUUGCUUUUCAUGUCUAAUUAUGCAGAGAAUGACAGCAGAGAUUAAAACAAGCUGUAACAGUCUGAUGUUGAUGUAAAUCUGGUAUUUCUAAAUAAAUCGUCAUUCACACUU